CUUCUCUUAUCAACAAAAAAUUCGAAUUAAUAAAAAAGUAAAAUCCCUUUUGUCUCUCUAAUCUCUUUGUCUAUUAUCUCUUUCGUUCCUUCCGGUGACGACGCCAUGAACGCCGCCGUGUUUACGUCUUCUGCUUUAUCUCUACCCAUAUCCUUCUGUAAAACUAGAUCAUCUCAAGUCACCAGAAAGAAGGGAGAGUUCAGGGUUUUUGCUGUGUUUGGGGAAGAUAGUGGGUUAGUUGAGAAAAAGAAUCAAUGGGGGCAUUUGUUUGAUGUGGAGGAUCCUAGAUCAAAAACUCCUCCUCCUCCUUAUAAAGGCAAAGGCAAGUUCAUGGAUGUAAACCAAGCGCUUGAAGUUGCUAGGCUCGAUAUCCAAUAUCUGGAUUGGCGUGCUCGUCAAGAUCUUCUUACCAUCAUGCUCCUUCACGACAAGGUUUGUUUCUCACCACAGUAUCUAUCAUCUACAUUGACCUCUCAGCAUAUUACACCCCAUCGAUCAUCUGGUUCCUGUGGAAGGCGCGUAAUGCAAAGGUCUUUGAUAACAAGGAGAUCUCGCCGAUGGAAGUGA